UAUUAAAAACACCGAAUGCGCAUGAAACUAUUUCGAUUGUAAGUUUUUCGAAUCCGGCUCAACGCCGUUUGGCGUCGGCGUCGCGAUCGAUGCGCGCUAUAGAACAACAAUUUAUAAACGAAAAUUUGAUCAUGCGGCAAAGUCAUAGCGUGCGGGACGUACGCGAGAAAUUAAAGCAACAGUAUACUCCGAAAAACCAAUGCGGAUUUACGAUGAAAAUUUUGAAAUGCGAUUGUAUACCGAACAAUUUAGAAUGUGUAAACCCACGUAAAGUCAUAUCGUUGGCGUGUCUGGACAAUAUUUUAGACGAGAGUCUGUGUGAAAACGUAUCGUUUUUAGAAAAAUAUUUCAGUAAAACGCCGUUGAUGUGCAUAAACGCUAGUAGAUUGAUUUACACGACUCGCGCGUUCGUGUUUAGAAACCGUAUAGAUUGGGACAACGUUAUCGAAUCGCUAAACUUUUAUUUAAAAGUGGAUUCCGGUUAUUUAGAAACCGAUCGUCGGUCCGAUCGGCAACCGAACCUAGAAUUUUCAAUGUUGUUACAUUGUUUACGAUCGAGUGGUUAUAUAGAAUAUAUAUUUGAAUUGGCUCGUCAUUUGAAAUAUCACGUUGAACUAGUAUUGAGCGCCAAUCUCAAUUUGGUGUACGUGUACAAAUACACUGAAGAACAAAUCACGUACGGAAUAUUGACGGCGUUUUAUCAUGAAACCGAAUGCGACAUCCAGUCUUAACAUAUUCUACAAGGAGUAUUUUUCAAAUACAACCGCCGGUGAUUAUAGAAUAUUGAUGCAGACGAGUUCAAGAGAUUUACCGGCACCCAAUUUUUUCAUCGAACAACGUCAAACCGCCGUCGAUGAUCCUAUGUAUCCAUCGGCACGUACUACGUUUUUUUUCAAUUCGGAUCAAUGUUUGCACGUUUUUACGACUUCCACGAUUCAACUGCGUAGCGGCGACGAAUCGGAAUCCGUAAUAAAUGUUUGCGAUA